AUGACUAUCUCCUACUCCAUCCCUCCCACUGGCUUCAGCCUCUUAGGCAUGACCUGGCGCCCCAAGGUUACCCCCGAUGAGCAAGCCUUUGCCGCCAUGAAAGCCGCCAUUGCGGGAGGCGCCACUAUUUGGUCUAGCUCCUCUAUCUACGGCAUGGACCCGGAGCCUCCCACGGUAGGGCUGCGGCUGCUGCGUCGAUACUUUGAGAAGUAUCCUGAGGACGCACCCAAGGUCCAGCUUUUCAUCCGCGCCUGUUUCGACCCCGUCACCUUUAAACCGCAGACAGACCGGGCAGGUGUGCGCGCCAGCUACGAAGAAAGCCAGACCAUCCUCGGCGAGUUCAAGAAAAUCAACGUCUUUGGCCCUGCGCGUAUAGACAAGGAGGUGCCAGUCGAGGAGACCGUGGGCGCUCUGAACGAGCUCGUGAAGGAGGGGAAAAUCGAUGCCGUGGGCCUGUCAGAAGUCGGGGCCAAGACGCUUCAUCGUGCAGCUGCUGUGUGCCAGGUCAGUUUUGUGGAGAUCGAGUUUUCGCUGUGGAGUACUGAGAUGCUCACCAACGGCGUGGCAGAUGCGUGCAAGCAGCAUGGUGUGACGAUUCUCACAUACGCUCCGCUGGGUUAUGGGUUCCUAACGGGAGAGGUCACCAAGCUGGAGGAUAUUCCCAAGGGUGACGUGCGACAUCUGUUUGGUAGAUUCCAGCCAGAGAAUUUCGAUAAAAACCUCGAACUGGUCGACAAGGUCAAGAUCAUUGCCAAAGAGCGUGGCGUUACACCGGCGCAAUUAGCUCUUGCCUGGAUCCGCUCGCACUCAAACCAGGGCAACUGUGGCAAGAUUAUUCCUAUCCCGGGAGCCACGGCUACUUCGCGAGUGGAGGAAAACUGUGGCGUUAUAGAGCUGUCGGCCGCAGAGAAGGCGGCGCUGGACGCGGUUAUUGCAUCGAUCGAGAUUGUGGGAGAUCGUCAGAUCAUCGGAAUGAGCGAUGAGACCCUCUGGACGUAA